AUGCCCGAUUUAAGACUUCUAGAAAAUAUGCUAUUCAAUUAUGGCACAUCAAAUCGAAUUGAUUUUCGAGAUGGUGAAAUAGAUAUAAAUCCGUACAGAACAGUUUAUAUUCCGAAACCUCGGUGUCUAAGAGUGCGACCUCCGCCUCUAAAAGACAUACAUACGCUCUCAUACUGGAAAAAUCCACACAUACCGACAGAAUUACUCGUGAAACCUAAAGAAAUAGUCCGGACCAAUCCAAGACACAUACAACAGAAACAAGAAAAUCUAGUGGAUCUGGAUCGAGAGAACGCUCAAAAGACUCGACCAAGACUUGUCAUGAGUCCCGCAAUAAGCUUGGACGACAUAGCUGAUGCAGAGAUCCGGAAUCUCUUAAUCCGCUUCAUGUACCAGACUACAAUGCAUAGCGCUUACUGCGGCGUCACUACCAACAACGCGACCAGAGCACCCUUCACCGGACUACCGGCUCCAGCGAACCCGAUAACGUUGGAGAAGCUGCAAGUUCCGUACGUGUCACCGGAAUGGCGUAUGGAGUCCGUUGGCUGGGACGGGAGACAGCUGAGGGCUCACUGUGACCACAACAAAGAAUUCUAUCUCAGGAGACCCUUGAGGUGUGAAGCGUGUAAAGUUACAGCAGCCGUGGAAGCUCAGAGGAAAUUGAUGAGGGAAAUGAAAAAAACAUGA